CGUCCCCGGCUCCCCAACCAGCGGGCCCUCUCCUUCCUCCAUUCCUUCCCCUACGUCUUCUCCCACCUCCCCUCCCCCGACUCUGCAGCCUCCCAUUCAUUCUGUCCGCUCCCUCCUCUUUCCUCCUUCCCGCUCGGGUCCUCUGCCCCGGAGCCUUCCCGCGCGGACCCCGCUGCACAUUCAUGGAAGUUUAGGGCUUGCACGGUGCCCCGAGUCCGGCCUGAGAACGCAGCCCGAGCUGCUGGCAGGGAAGAGGAAGAUGUCUGUGCUCAGGCGGAUGAUGCGCGUCUCCAAUCGCUCCCUCCUCGCCUUCAUCUUCUUCUUCUCCCUCUCCUCGUCCUGUCUCUACUUCAUCUAUGUGGCUCCGGGCAUCGCCAACACAUAUCUCUUUAUGGUACAAGCUCGAGGUAUAAUGCUGAGAGAAAAUGUGAAAACAAUCGGACAUAUGAUCAGGCUGUACACAAAUAAAAACACUACGCUCAAUGGUACAGAUUAUCCUGAAGGCAAUAAUUCAAGUGAUUAUCUUGUUCAAACAACAACAUAUCUUCCGGAAAACUUCACAUAUUCACCAUACCUUCCCUGCCCAGAAAAACUGCCUUACAUGCGGGGAUUUCUCAAUGUCAAUGUAAGCGAAGUCAGUUUUGAUGAAAUUCAUCAACUUUUUGCCAAGGAUUUAGAUAUUGAACCAGGAGGUCACUGGAGGCCUAAAGACUGUAAACCCAGAUGGAAGGUGGCAGUUCUCAUCCCUUUCCGUAAUCGCCAUGAACAUCUACCAAUUUUUUUCCUGCACCUGAUUCCAAUGCUCCAGAAACAGCGGCUGGAAUUUGCCUUUUACGUCAUUGAACAGACUGGCACACAGCCUUUUAAUCGUGCAAUGCUCUUCAAUGUGGGUUUCAAAGAGGCCAUGAAAGAUAGUGCCUGGGACUGUGUGAUUUUUCAUGAUGUGGAUCACCUACCUGAAAAUGACCGAAACUAUUACGGAUGUGGAGAAAUGCCACGUCAUUUUGCAGCAAAGCUGGAUAAAUACAUGUAUAUUCUUCCAUACAAAGAGUUUUUUGGUGGUGUAAGUGGAUUGACAGUAGAACAAUUUAGAAAGAUCAAUGGUUUUCCUAAUGCCUUCUGGGGAUGGGGAGGAGAAGAUGAUGACCUUUGGAAUAGAGUUCAUUAUGCUGGAUAUAAUGUAACAAGACCAGAGGGAGACUUAGGGAAAUACAAGUCUAUUCCUCAUCACCAUCGAGGUGAAGUCCAGUUUUUAGGACGGUAUAAAUUACUAAGGUAUUCAAAAGAGCGUCAGUACAUCGAUGGGUUGAACAAUUUAAUAUAUUCGCCAAAAAUACUGGUUGAUAGGUUGUAUACAAAUGUAUCUGUAAACCUCAUGCCAGAGUUAGCUCCAAUCGAAGACUAUUAAAAGAAGUAGCUCUCAUGGCCAGAUAGACCACAGUCCUGGGUUAUCAACUUGGAGUUUACUCUUCAUGAAGGUAAAGGAAUGGAUGUGUCACAGUGCCCUAUUCUCUGAUGAGAAGACCCAGCAGUUCUCAAUGUUUACAGUGUGGGACAGUAUCCAGCUAGCCUUCUUCCACUCAUCCUGUCUACUUGGAGACACACCCCCAUAGCAGUGCAGAAGCCAGGUGCCAGUGCUUGAGAUUGGAAGCUAAGAGAGCUCCUUAGAAAAGAGAAAAUUUUAUACUAAAAACUAAUUUACGUCAAGAGAAUGCUUUAUUUCCGUUUAAACAUAUUUUGUACAUAUGUGAUGUAAAUUAACGUGUUCAAAUUGUUGAAAACUAAGAUGUGUUGCAGUUUUGCAUGUAAUUGGUUAUGCCUUUAUUUGACUUUUAUAGGCAUUUUUUAUUUGCAUGGGAAAAACUGUAAAUUUUAAGUCACUAAACAAAGGUUAACCCUUGUGUGAAAUGAAGGAACUGUCAAUAAUUGACAGCCAACUAAUACAGUAAACUAUUCCACUAGUUUUGAGCUAUAGACCUUCAGCCUUUUGUAUAGAAGUCACAGCUUCCUCAGAGUUUUGAAGGGUGAGAAGAAAGGACUUAAGUAGCUUUUCUUCCUACCAGGAUUACCUAUUUUUUCCUUGCUUUCAAUCUCAUCAGAUUUUGCUAAAUCACAACCAUAUUGUUUAUGCAUAUUGCAUGAGUAUUACCAAGAAAAUCUUAAAAGUUGUGAUGUGACAUGAUAAAAAGAACCUCUUUAUGUUAAAUGUCUUUCAUGUACCUCUGGUAUAAGUGUCAGGGAUUCUGUGCCUCAAAAAUUGUUCCCAAGGUUGUGUGUGUUUGUACACUGUAUUUUUUUCCCCCCAAUUCAUAGUGAACAGCACUUUUAUUAUUUCCAGUUUAGAUGAGCCAAAAAAAAUUCAUUUUAAAAAUUAAUUUUUUAAAAAAAGAAUAAGCUAUGGAAAGCCCAGUAAUACUUAUACCAAUGGAAUAUAGUAUUAGAUUAAAGGUUCUAUUUUUAUGAAGAUAAAUGCUUAGUAGAUAGAAAAUUUUAAGUUUUAUUCUCAGAAUCAUAGAAUUUCAGAUGUGGAAGGGAUUCUUCAGUUUAAUUCAAACUUUAUAUAUAUAUAUUUUUUUUACUUUCAAGAAAUUACAACUGGUUUUAAUGAAAAUUUCUUUAAUAAAAGCAUAAUUUAAUAGAAUUAUGUUAAAA